CGGGCCAUCGCGGCCAUGGCGCUGCAGGGGCUGCGGGUGCUGGAGCUGGCGGGGCUGGCGCCCGCGCCGCUCUGCGGCAUGAUCCUGGCCGACCACGGCGCGCGCGUGGUGCGCGUGGAGCGCCCGGCCUCGGCGCCGGCCGUGCAGGGCCGCGGGAAGCGCUCGCUCGCGCUCGACCUCAAGCAGCCGCGGGGCGCGGCGGUGCUGCGGCGCCUGUGCCGGGCCUGCGACGUGCUCAUCGAGCCCUACCGCCACGGUGUCAUGGAAAAGCUUGGUCUUGGUCCAGAGAUCCUCCUGCAUGAGAAUCCAGAACUCAUUUAUGCUAGACUUACUGGAUUUGGUCAGACAGGAACAUAUGCCAAGUCUGCAGGUCAUGACAUCAAUUAUUUGGCUUUGUCAGGUGUAUUGUCAAGACUUGGUAGAAAAGAUGAAAAUCCAUAUGCCCCACUAAAUCUUCUGGCUGAUUUUGCUGGUGGAGGGGUCUUGUGUACAAUGGGAAUUAUUAUGGCCCUUUAUGAACGUACCAGAUCUAGCAAAGGGCAAGUCAUCGAUGCAAGUAUGGUUGAAGGAACUGCAUAUCUAAGUUCUUUCCUGUGGAAGUCAGGAAUCUUAGGUAUUUGGAACAGACCGCGGGGGGAGAACUUGCUGGACAGUGGGGCACCUUUUUACGAAACCUACAAGACCGCCGAUGGAAAAUUCAUGGCAGUUGGUUCUAUUGAACCUCAAUUCUAUGAGCAACUAAUAAAAGGACUGGGGCUAGAUUCCUCUAAACUUCCCAGUCAGUUCAGUAUCUCUGAUUGGCCUGAAAUGAAGAAACUGUUUGCAGAUGUAUUUUCCCAGAAGACCCAAGCGGAAUGGUGCAGAAUCUUUGAUGGCACAGAUGCUUGUGUGACUCCUGUUUUAUCCAUCGAAGAUGCAGCCUCACACCUGCACAAUAAAGAACGCGGUUCUUUCAUAAAGAAUGAUCAGGAAGAGAUCAGUCCUAGACCCUCUCCUCUUCUUUCAAGGACUCCGGCAACGCCAUCUCUGAGAAGGGACCCUUAUAUAGGAGAACACACAGAAGAGAUACUUCUAGAGUAUGGCUUCACAAAGGAGGAGAUUGCCAAACUUCAUUCUGAUAAAGUAAUUGAAAUCAGUUAUCCAAAAGCUAAAUUAUAAUUUCCAAAUAUACAAAUCAGAAAUGUUUUGAAUAUUUUAAUGUGGCAUAAUUUAAGGUAUCAAAAUGAAUGCAGUAAUUUAAUACUAAAUAUGCAAAUUGUAUUCCAAACUGGAUUAACACACAAUAUUACUAUUGAUACUUUGGUGCCAGGAGAUCUUGUUCUGAAAGUUCUCUAAUGUUUGCUCAGGAUGAAGAUGUAAAGCUUCAUAAUGGUUUUCAAUAAGCAUAGUCUAUGAAAUGUUGAUUUGUUUAAAUCCUUUUGUAUGUAAUUUGCUGAAGAUAAUAAUUUGUAUAAAACACUUGUACUUGAUGCUUUAUAAAUGGUGUCACUUUCAUAAACUGAGAAAGUCUUAGUUGUAGGAGCUCCAGUCUUAGGAAUGAUCAGACCUGUUGUCUACACAAGUGAAGCGUUCCCAUUCUAUCUAGUUCACAGAUAUGGCAUAUUUUUGCAUCUCAUUCAGAAGCUGUUUGUUCUUUGGGGUGAUUAUUCUGCAUUACAGAACUAAUUCUUCAUUGAGGAACUAAUUCCAUUUUCUUUUUCCUGCUCCUAUUCAAUUAAGGCAUGCAGAACUGUCAUAAACAUUGCACACUGUGAACAAACAGAUUUAUGUCACUAAUGCCUGUGAUCACUAAACCUAAUAUGUUUCCAGCUUUGUUCAGAUGAACAUUUCUUGCAUUCUGAGGAAUUUCGUAGUGCUACAAAAAUGUAGUGUGAUGUGAAUUCAGAUAUUCACAGUGCCCAGUCACUUACAGCACUAGAAAGAAAAGCAGGAACAUGCACAACUGGUGCUUAGCAGGUAGAAGGCUGGUGUGCAGACAUCCCAGCAUAACUUGCAGGGACCCAGUCUGAAGAAUCCUGAGGACAGCUAAGUACAGCACAGCCCACAUUGCACUGGAAGUGUAAAGCCAUGGUAUGCCUUGUCAUUCUCUACUCACAAAGGCUUGCCAGUUAUGCUCCAAGCCUGAAAUGAAUCCUUACUGCUUGCUUGUCUGGUCAGGGAGGUCAACUGUCUCUGUUAUGCUCAUCAAGGCCUACCAGUGACUGCUCAGCCUGUUACACAUCCUGGGUGUUUUGGCAUGCAGCAUUGUGUAUGUACAUGCUCACAGGACCAGGGCCUUGGAAAUGUGUCCAUGAGACUGCCCCAUCUAGGUAUUGGCAAACAAGAGCAAGUUGUCACAUGGGACACUAUAGAGGCUGGGCUACUACAAGAGUAUUUCCAGACCCUGCACUGGUGCUUUGGGCAACAGAGCAUAGUACCAACUGGUGGGAGCACAUUGCCCCAGGAAUCUGGAACAACAAGCAGCGGCACAGAACUGGGUGCACCAGAUCAUCUUCACGAAGGUCUGGAUCAACCUGGUUCCCAGCCUGGAGUGCAAGUUAUCAGUACAGGGGCUCCCCUUACUGUGGGGAAGCACAUUGUCAUAACCAUCCGGAAGUUCACCGCUCUGACAGUCUCAAGUCCAUUGCCAACCGGUUCGGUAUAGACAAGUCUACAGAAGCAUUGACUGUAGGACAGGGAUGGGCAAAAUGGUGGAUCUGGCCAACAGCUGGACUCCAUUAUCCAGCAGCCCCUGCCUGUGUGGCUGGGGCUGCUUUCCAUGGAGACCCCAGCAGCAGCCAUGCUGUGAUAGCCUGAGGCUGGGGUUUCCAUGGAGACCAGCUCCAGCAGCACUGGUAGGGCGCGCAGCAGGGUAGGGAGCUGCUUCAGGGCUGGGCUGGGAUCUUGCAGCAGUGACAGCAUGAUCUGGAGACAGGGCAGAGCUGCAAUCUGCAGCCUGUAUGCUCCAGGUGGUGGUGUGCAGGCAUCUGAUCAUGGCUCUGCCCUGGCUUCUUGCAGUGGUAACAGCAUGGUCUGGAGCUGGAGCAGGGCCUCAAUCUGCUGUCUACACACCCCUGUCCAGAGCAUGCAGGCUAGAUUUGGGAAGAGCGUUCCUCUCCUCUGACAUGGUAUAGAACAAGGUAUGAAAGUAGGUUUAAAAAUCCAGUAUUUCUCUUGCUUUCUGUUCCAGUUGUGCUCUGCUGCUUUAUUCAUAUGGUUUGUGAGACAGGCUUCUGCAGCAAAAGGAAGGACAUUUACAUCUAGCAGGUGUAUUUCAAAUAUGUUUAGUACAGUAGAAAGCUGCAUAUUGUCAUUGGUUCAUGUUUUCAUUUAACAUCAGUAUUUAAAGUAUGUUGCACAAUGAUUGUAAUACAUUUGAAAAUAAUUGUACUACAUUUUACAAUUGUUUACAUUAAACCAUUUAAAAAUCUGCUUUAAAACAGC